AUGAGCUCGGGGCCCGUCGUAGGAAGCGUCGUCGAAAUCCCCGCCGGCCGCGGCGUCGUUCGUUUCGUUGGGUCCACAAAGUUCUCUCCAGGCAACUGGAUCGGUGUCGAAUUAUAUGAACAGAAGGGCAAGAAUGAUGGAACGGUCAACGGCGAAGCAUACUUUCCGUGCAAGCCGGGAUAUGGGAUGUUCGUCAGACCCAGCCAGGUCAAAGCGAACUUUGGGAUGGAGAAAGUGGAAGAACCAUCAAGACGCUCUCUCGGCCUUCGCCAAUCAUCUAGUUCCUCUGCUCAUUCUCAGGAUUCUACCUCCCCCAAUAUUCUAAACGCCUCUAUUUCGUUGGCCGACUCGCCGACUCGCACCCGUAACCGCAAUAUAUCGCCAGGUACGCUCCAGUCACGAAGGACGUCUUCGCCGCUCGCCAUAAGUGCGCCUCAGCUCGUUAGAUUACAAAGAACAGCAUCGAUUUCUAUUAAACCGCCACCACCUCCCCUCGCUUCCACUCCCGAGCUACCAGCUGGAGAUGAAUCCGACAACGCGACCCUCCUCUCCAAAGUCCGUCUCCUCGAAUCCAAGUCCGCAUCCGAUCAACACACCAUCCAAGCGCUCCAAACGAAGCUCACGGAGACGGAGAAAGUGCUCAACACGAUUCGGCCAAAGCUGACGGGGAAGCUGACGCAGCAGCAGAGCACGAUCGCGGCGCUGACGUCGACGAUUACGCAGCUGAAGGCAGAGAUGGCAGAGACGCGGAAGGAGAGCGAGGAUGCGAGGGAGGAGAAGGAGGCGUUCGACUCGCGGAUUGAGGAUUUGACGGAGCAGUUGGAGAUGGUCAUGCUGGACAGAGAGGUGGCUGAGGAGAAAGCUGAGACUGCGAUGGAGGAAUGUAGGGAGUUGAAAGAGAGGGUAGCGGUUCUGGAGGUCGAACUAGGCGUGCUAAGGGGAGGUGGAGCUACUGGGGAGCAAUCCGACGAGGCUGGUGCCACCGUUGACACGGGCAAGAACAGUUUAGCGUAUAUACAACUUGAGAAGCAGAACGAGAGGAUGAAGGAAGCUCUCAUAAGGCUACGCGAUAUAUCCCAAGAGAAUGAACGCGAACACCGCCGGCGUAUUGCAGAACUCGAGAAAGAUGUCGACGGCUUUGAUGAAAUACAAGGUCAAUAUGAGUCGACUCUUGGGCAGUUAACCAACGCGGAAAUCCUCAUCGACGAGCUGAAGGCUCAGUUGGAUGCUACCGCAGCUGCCGACGAAUUGCUCCUGCAGCUCACGGAUCGUAAUGACAUUCUCGAUGAGAAAAUCCAUGAAAUGCAAAUCACCAUUGAGGACCUCGAGUCACUUAAAGAACUCAACGAUGAACUGGAAGAGAAUCAUAUCGAGACGGAGAAAGCGUUGCAGGAGGACCUUGACGCGAAGGACGCAGAAAUACGUGAGUAUCUUCGCAAGAUUGAGGGCUUGGAGGAGGCGUGCCUGGAUCUAGAAGGCACCAUAGCACAAUUCAGGGAGCUGGUGCUACAACUGCAAUCUGAGCUCGAUGGCCUUCGAACGCAGACGCAGACCGCCCAAUCCGAGUCCGAUAGGGCGGCCUCCCAGAACGCUGCUAUGAUAGCUAUGAACCUCAAGCUCCAGUCUUCUGCGUCCAAGAAUCAAGCUCGUCUCCUCGAGGUUGAACUCGGCAAGCUUGAAGCAAGGGAGGCAAAGGAAUUGCUGGCAAUCGUUCAGCCGUAUCUACCCCAACUAUACGUUGAGUCUGACAGCGAUGCGACUAGCUGCUACCUCUUCUUCCAACGGUUGGCCGGGAAGGCCGAUCUCAUCAGUUCCAUCGCGGCACAGGCUCAUGGUCUCCCGGAUUCAUGCAAUGGACCUGUUACCGAGGUCCUCAUGGGUAUCUGUGAUAUGCGAGGGAAUCUUGCCAACCUGUCGACCCUCUGCAAGCGAUUCGCUGCCAUUCUGCGACGAUGCGACGUGGAUUCAUUCCUAUCUCUCGGUCGGCUCUACCCAGAGAUCGCGCCCCUGGAAAAGCGUAUCGACAUGCACAUCGAGCUGCUUCGACGCGAUGAGUUCCGGGAAAUGGAAUGCGUGUCGGAUGUGGCGAAGAUACAGGCGCAGUUUGAACAUCUUGCAGAAGCGUACUUCAGUGGAUACGAACAGCUGGAUAUGGGCGAGACUGAGCUGGGGCACGCGCUUAUGCUGGAGAACGAUUUGGAUUCGUUCGUUGCCUCUGUCGGAUUGAGCAAGACGGCUGUGUCGGAGAUCUUGAAGGAUCCAGAUGUAGUGCUGGAUAUGGGUGGAUUUGAUCCUGACGUUGAAUUCUUCCAACCCAUGCAAAACAUCCUUGAGCAAUGUAAGGGCCCGAAGACGCUAUCCAGGAAAAUCACGAAGCGCCUAGAAGAUCUCCUCCAAGACUCCGCUGCACUCAACCCUCGUUUGAUACCUCGCUUCAAGUCAUCGACGGACAUGCUGACUGAGCUCCUCAAUUUCGGUAUCUCACUCGCUCAAUUAAUCCUUUCACAUCGCAAUGAUGCGAGGGGCGCUAAAUCCUCGUUCCAGUUGGCAACUGUCCUAUCUUAUGCUAAACAGUCCGCUGGAGCCAUAGUGCUCAAUGAUGCUAAACCAGGAGAGACGUGGUGGGAAGCCGUCACCAACCGCAUCAGCUUGCUCAAUCACGAUGUCAGCAAAUUGCUGCCCCUGAUAUCAGAACAGGAGAAUGUCGUCAAGUUGACUGGGGUCGCACCCUGGGUGAUUAGGGUAGACGAUAUCAAGGCCGCUCUCGCUAUCAACGUUGAAGCGGAACGUAAAGUUGCCUCCCUUAACGAUGAGAUACAAGGGCUCGCGCGGUCAAUAAAGUCGAGGGAUCAGAACAUCCAAGAGAAGGUCGUCAAGAUUGAGCUAAUGGAGCGUAGAAUGGAAGGCCUGAAGAAGCAGGCUGAUCGUAUCUCCGAGCUCGAGGACGAAGUCAGCAAAGCACAAAAGAAAGAACGGGACCUGUUUGAAGAGAUGACACAGCUCCAGGCCGAUGUAGACCAGUAUACGAGGGAGAACGCUCAAUUGAGGGCUAUGACUGCUGGUCAAGAUCGACCAGGGCCUGCUCCUGCCGUUGAGGCCGAGGCCAUCGUCGUGGAAGGAAAUUUGGAGACAUCACAUCUAUUAGAACAAAUCGAAGCACUACGUGGUACAGUUCGUUAUCUGCGCACGGAGAAUGCAUACCUGAAAGGACAAGAUCUCGUGCGAGACAUCCAAUCGCUUCCUCCUCUCCCAGAACCCAUCACUCGACAGCCUACACCAGAAUUGGACCCAUCGCGGGCGUCGGACCUAGACUCCGAUUCUGACGACGAAGAUGCACGCCGCUUACAGCGUCCAACAUUACGUUCACUAACAACGGAGACAAAGGUUCUCUACAGGGAUGUUCUGCGGUUCUCAUCUUCGCCACGCGUUGUGGAUUUAUCCGAUGUGAACAAGCGAAGGGCUGAAGCACUUCUUAGGGCUCAAACAAAGGAGUUCUGGAUGCCUAGGAAGAAGACUCCGGCACAUCAAGUGCUUGAAAGGAAACUGGAAGCUGAGAGGUUGAGUCGGAGGGUUCGCGGGCUUUUAGACAAAGCUAGCGCGAUUGCGUAG